UUUUUUAUUUUUAUUCCGCCAAUAAGAAAAAAGUCGUUUCGAGAAAAAUUAAAAAGUUUUCUAUACUGACUUUUUUAAAUUUAAUAAAUAUAAAUUUAUAUUCAAUCGGCAAUUCUGGCUCUAUAAAAUGCCUUUAGCUACUUCAUACUCUUUAUCUUCAGUUGAUCUAACAUUUCUAUCGACUUGGCUUGUUUUGAAGUUAGUAUUCUCGCGUUCUGAUUUUGCAGAUUCACGUUUCGUUCUACUUCUCCGUGACUGACAUGGCAUCUGGCUCGAUAAUCAUGUUCAUCCUUUGCAUUAUUUUUAGAAGUUUAACUCUUCCAUUAAUGUGCAAGCAGCACAUUACAUGGCAAUUUUUAUUAAGACUUUUUUUCAGAAAAAAUAUAUUUGGGAAGCGUUACAUGCAAGAGUUAAAACUUUUAUUGUUCUUUUGCGUGUUCGUCUCCAAACAUUUUUCUAUAAUCAUCUAUAUGAAAUCAUUAUACAUGGGCUUCGAAGUAUCACGAAUCUUAUCAUCAAUAACAAAUGGAUGUUUAUAAUCUUCCAAUGUUUUAGCUGCUUCAGCCUUGUGCCAUUUACAUCAAGAUUCAGGUCCUUCUGCGCAAUAGGAAUGCUGAGGAUUUUCGACAGUCGAAAUUUUACGAUAGUCGACAUUGACUAUCCAACAGUGCGGCGUAACUGUAGAACAAACGAUAGUGUUUGCAUCGUGUAGGAGUGAUGCAUCACGUUCUACGAUACGUCGUAGUGCGAUAUCGCAAAACGUGCCCUGGGAAUUGGAGGAUAAUCAAACGAAAAACUGUCCACAUAGGGAAAAAAACUUGAAACUUAAUAUUCAUGAUCAUUGAAAAUGUUUUCUUACAAGAAGACAAAAUAAAAUAAAAACAAACAAAAAUGAAAUGAAAUGAAAGUUGAACGAAUUGUUAGAAGCAGCAACAAACAAAAAACCCGAAAUGAUGAUGGCGAGAGACUGUGGUAUUGACUGAUACGAAGUUAUCUUAAAGCAUCAAUGAGAGUAUUUUCUCUCCCUGGAGUUAUUUCUUUUCUUUGUCGGUAGAAUAGCCUGACUUCCUUGAAUUCUGACAUAUACUACCAUAAAUUUGGUAGUAAAAUGUAAAGUUUUGGUGUUUCUCGUUUUCGCGCAAUAAAUUUGCACAACCAGAAACACAUUUGUAUAUAUAAAAUAUAAUUCAAUAUACCGUGAUAUGACAUGUAAAAUUAUCAAUAAAUGUAAAACACUAUAGGUUAUAUAUAAAAAAUACAUUUGCCGCUUACUUUAUACAAUGUCACACCAUAUUUAGAAGAUUUGUCAUUCAUCCUUGAAAUAAGAUCGAAAGAUUUACGAAAAAAAUACACUUUUAAAACAGAAAAUAAA